AUUUCGCCAUACCAUACGCAGCCUACGGUGGAAAAACUCUGAAGUGUAGACGAUGUGAAAUGUGAAAAGUGAAAAGUGAAUGAAACGCAUGUGAAUCUUCUCCACCCAGAGAAAUCCCUUGAAUACAAAGCUGGAAAUUGAAUUUAAAUUUUCGUAAAUUUAUUAAAGAAAACAUGUGAUCGGAAAAUGUGAUUUUUUUCGGCGAAAGAAAAGCACAAAGAACAAGAGAAGUAUCGAAAAAUAAAAACAAAACUACAGCAACAGAAUGCAGGCCUCGAGCACCACCACAACAACAACCACAAAAACGAAAAAGCUGAGCAGCAGCACGGGCGCGGGUGCGGGUGGCAGCAACAUGAUCAGCUCCGUGGCGGUGACGAGUGCCACAAAGACGACAACCACUACCCGGAAGCCGGCUGGAGCCAGCCCCAAGUCGCCAAAGGCAUCUACAACGGGAUCAGUGGCUGCCACAUCCAGUGGAAGCGAUCCCCACGCUGAGAUUGCGGAGCUUUCAAAGAAAAUCAACGAGCAUGCGGAUGCCAUAUACCACACGUGGAAGAGUCGCGGGUUGCCUCCGGUGGAGCUCCUUGAGAUCUACACAAAUGCCGCCGCCUCGGGGGACUUUGCCGAGGUGGCAAGCGCACCCACAGCGGACGCGGAGGGACUCCAAAAGAUGGUCACCAGCUUCGUGAACAAGGACAAAGAGCAAAGGGGAAAGACUGCGAAGAAAUCCGAGGGACCCACCACCAAUGGCAAGGUGAAGAAGUCAGCGACCGCAGCUGCCGCAGCUUCUGGCGGCGCCUCCACCUUCGAACAGGCCCUGCAAUCCCCCAAGAAAGUGGCUGCCGUCAGCAAACCCCUGCCCGAUGUGAAUCUCAACUACGACAUCAACCUACAUUUGGAUAUGAAUAAUCUGUCGCAGGAGCAGACGCAGCAUCUCCUGAAGAUCAGUGAAAUAAUCCAGCAGCAGAAGGAGGCAACGGCGGUCAAUCCUCUGAAGAAGCGGCAGAGUGGGAGCAGCAGCAGCGGCAGCGGGAAGACUGCCAAUUCUGUAAAGGUAACAGCAGCAGCCUCAGAGACGCAGCCGUCCCCCACCAAAAAGCAGACCAAAGCCAAGAGCGGGAGUGGCGUAACAGCAACAGCUACAGCAGUUGGCAUCGAUGUUAUAGAUGCCCCACAGCAGCCCCAUAGAGUGGCAGAGGCAGUGAGUGAUAAGAGCGCCGAGGCGACGGUGGUGGCCACAAAUCGCAAGUCAAGCAAAACCAAAGAGAACAGCGCUGAAGGGAAGCAGCAGCCGGCAACCAAAGAAAAAUCCACAACAUCGGUAGUAGCUACUGCCACACGAAAAUCCACAAGAGGCAGCAGCAGUGGCAGUGGCACUGGCAGUAGUGCCACUGAUAACAGCAACAGUUCAAGCAACAUUGUGGCCAACGCAUCUUCUGUGGCAACAUCCGCACCAGCAGCAGCAGCAGCAGCAACAGCAGCAACAUCGAUGGAUGCAGCAUCCGUCAGCACAACGAUGCCAACGUUGAAUAAAGUGAAACCCACUAGCGGGGCACGGGCAGUCCUAACCAAUGGCCAGGAUCCCACAAAGAAUAAGAAUGCGGGUCUCCUCACACGCGGAUCGGUGGCGGAGCGUGUUCUGAUGUUCGAAAAGUGUCCGGACGUGAGGCAUGCAUUCCUCAACAUCAAGCGCCCCCAGACUGACGUUGCGCCCAAGAGUCUACUCAAGGUCAAGCUGCAUGCCACACCGCCGCCGCCACAGGACACGAAUCUGCUGCAAAAGGAAAUACGCUCCACAAAGAGUGUUUAUAUACCAAGAUUCUACUUUCCACAUGGCAAGCCACAGCCAACGAUUGCCAUGGAGCGUGUGGUUCGAGGCAUACUCUCCGGCUUCGAUAGCUUUCCCAACAAUCAGGUGACCAAAGACGAUCUGCCAAGGAUCCUGAAGCUCUGCGGAAUGCCCUAUUACUGGCGCAUGCCCGUGAUGGUCUUUUGCCAGACAUCCAAUUCGGGUCUCGUCGAGCGUCAGAGAUUUGUCGAGUUCUGGAAACAAAUGAAUAUAUAUUGCCAUGAGGCUGCGUCUCGCUUCGUUUACAUCCUGUCGCGUGGCCAGCGAUUUCGCUCUUACAUUGUGCCAGAGGAUUUGGUGCCGAUGGUGCAGGAUGUGGUCGACACACAUCCCGGUUUGGCCUUCCUCAAGGAGGCCACCGAGUUUCAUUCCAGAUACGUGCACACGGUCAUCGCGCGCAUUUUCUAUUCGGUGAAUCGCAGUUGGAGCGGCAGGAUCACAAUUGCAGAACUCAAGAGAUCUGAUCUUUUAGAGAUGAUUAGCCUUUUAGAGGAGGAGGAGGACAUCAAUCAGAUCAUGGCCUUCUUUAGCUAUGAGCACUUUUAUGUGAUCUACUGCAAGUUCUGGGAACUGGACAAGGAUCACGAUCUGCUCAUCAAUCAAGAGGAUCUGGCCAAGCACAGCGAUCAUGCAUUGUCCUCGCGGAUUGUGGAGCGCAUCUUCUCCGGCUGUGUAACGCGCACGGACAGCAAAAAGGCACCCGAGGACGAGGCCAAAAUGUCCUACACAGACUUUGUUUGGUUCAUACUCUCCGAGGAGGACAAACGCACACCGACGGCCAUUGAGUAUUGGUUCCGCUGCAUGGACAUCGAUGGCGAUGGCGCCCUAUCCAUGUACGAGCUGGAGUAUUUCUACGAGGAGCAACAGCAGCGCAUGGAGGGCAUUGGCAUCGAGUGUCUGCCAUUUGAGGAUUGUCUGUGUCAGAUGCUGGAUAUGAUUAAGCCUGCGAAUCGGGACUGCAUUACGUUGGGCGAUCUGAAACGCUGCAAAAUGACGCACGUCUUCUUCGAUACCUUCUUCAAUCUGGAGAAGUAUUUGGAUCACGAACAAAGAGAUCCAUUUGCCUCGCAGCGGGAUGAAUAUACCUCCGAUUGGGAUCGGUUUGCGGCACAGGAAUACGAACUCCUCAUAUCCGAGGAGAACGAUUAGGAUUGAGGGAUGCGAUGGCUUAAAGAUACACACACAUAUUUAUUAACAUACAAAUUUUUAUACAAAUUUAUACACUACGUAAAUGAAAAACUGAAAAUGAAAAACAAAGAAACAAAAACAAAAAGAACGAAAGAAAGAAAGGAAAUAAUUUUAGUCCCAUAUGUGCAAUAAAUUCGAAUUAUUUAUUAUGAGUUUCUACAGAUUUUAGUUGAAUUUGAAUGACGAAUAAAAUAAAUUAAUUGAAAAU